AGGUGAGCUAACUCAGAGAGAGAGAGAGAGAGAGAGAGAGAGAGAUCCAACACCCUGAACUUCUAGGAAGAAAAAGUAAAGUAAAGACCGCAGCACACCUGGAGUUUUCGGCUUGUGCAGGAGGAAGCAGCAGCUCACCAUGCCGGUGUUCCACACCAAGACCAUAGAGAGCAUCCUGGAGCCCGUGGCCCAGCAGAUCUCUCACCUGGUCAUCAUGCACGAGGAGGGCGAGGUGGACGGGAAGGCGAUCCCGGAUCUGUGCGCCCCGGUGGCGGCGGUGCAGGCUGCAGUCAGUAACCUGGUCCGGGUGGGGAAGGAGACGGUGCAGACUACGGAGGAUGCCAUCAUGAAAAGAGACAUGCCUCCUGCAUUUAUAAAAGUGGAGAACGCGUGCACUAAGCUGGUCCAGGCGGCCCAGAUGCUGAAGGCCGACCCGUACUCCGUCCCGGCGCGGGAUUAUCUCAUUGAUGGCUCACGCGGCAUUCUAUCAGGAACCUCCGACCUUCUGCUCACCUUCGACGAGGCUGAGGUGCGUAAAAUCAUCCGCGUGUGUAAAGGCAUUCUGGAGUAUCUGACCGUCGCUGAAGUGGUAGAGAGCAUGGAGGAUCUCAUCACGUACACCAAGAACCUGGGACCAGGCAUGACCAAGAUGGCCAAGAUGAUUGACGAGCGGCAGCAGGAGCUGACUCAUCAGGAGCACCGCGUCAUGCUCGUUAACUCCAUGAACACGGUGAAGGAGCUGCUGCCCGUCCUCAUCUCAGGAAUAAAGAUCUUUGUGACGAUGAAGAUGACUCAGAGUGCAGGGAUGGAUGAGGCGGUGAAGAACAGGAACUUCACUGUGGAGAAGAUGAGCGCUGAGAUCAACGAGAUCAUCCGAGUGCUCCAGCUCACAUCCUGGGACGAAGACGCCUGGGCCAGCAAGGACACUGAGACCAUGAAGCGAGCGCUGGCUCUCAUCGACUCUAAACUGGCUCAGGCAAAGAACUGGCUCAAGGACCCCAAUGCACAGCCUGGAGAGGCUGGGGAGCAGGCGGUCAGGCAGAUCCUGGAUGAAGCAGGGAAAGUGGGUGAACUGUGUGUGGGUAAUGAGAGGAAAGAGAUUCUGGACACGACCAAAACCCUGGGACACCUCACUGACCAGGUCGCAGAUCUGCGUGCCAGGGGUUCUGGUACUAGUCCUGUGGCCAUUCAGAAAGCGCAGCAGGUUGCUCAGGGCCUGGACGUGCUGUCUGGGAAAGUAGCGAAUGCAGCAGAUAAACUGGAGGCCAUGACCAACUCCAAACACACACUUGCCAAGAAAGCAGAGGCAGCACAGGCCUGGCUAGCUGACCCCGCCUCCAGCCCAGAGGGGGAGGAGCAUGUGAAGGCUGUUCUCGCCGAGGCUCAGAACAUCGCAGCUCUGUGUGAGGAUCCGCGUGAUUACAAUGACAUCCUGCGCAACGUGAACGAAAUCUCCGCUCUCACUGGCAAACUCUCGCAACUCCGCAAAGCAGGUAAAGGUGAUACCCCUGAGGCUCGUGCCCUGGCUAAGCAGAUCGCCACAGCUCUGCAGAACCUGCAGUCCAAAACGAACCGCGCUGUAGCGAACACUCGGCCAGCCAAAGCGGCUGUUCACCUGGAGGGUAAGAUGGAGCAGGCGCAGCGCUGGAUAGACAACCCCACCAUGGAGGACGGAGGAGUGGGUCAAGCUGCAAUUCGUGGGCUGGUUGCUGAGGGGCGUCGUCUUGCCCACGUGUUACCUGGCUCCCAGAGGGCGGAGCUUAUGGGGAAAUGUGAGCAGGUGGAGCAGCUGAUGGGACAACUGGCUGAACUGAGUGCUCGAGGACAGGCGGAUACACCGCAGGCACAGGCACUCGCUCAGCAGCUCCAGCACGCACUGAAGGAUCUUAAAGGUAAAAUGCAGGAGGCCAUGACACAGGAAGUGUCCGACAUCUUCAGUGACACGACGACUCCGAUAAAGCUGCUGGCCGUAGCUGCGACCGCUCCACGUGGCACCCCCAACCGAGAGGAGAUGUUUGAGGAGCGAGCUGCAGGCUUUGAGACUCACGCCGCGAGACUCGGGGCAACGGCAGACAAAGCAGCUGCAGUGGGAACGGCCAAUCGCAGUACAGUGGAGGGAAUCCAUGCUGCCGUCAAGUCCGCCAGGGACCUCACGCCUCAGGUGGUGUCUGCUGCUCGCAUCCUGCUGAAGAACCCCGGCAACCAGGCUGCACACGAGCACUUCGAGACCAUGAAGAACCAGUGGAUCGAUAAUGUUGAGAAAAUGACUACUCUGGUGGAUGAGGCGAUAGACACCAAGUCCCUGAUGGACGCAUCAGAGGAAGCCAUUAAACAUGACCUGGAGAAGUGUCACGUGGCCAUGACCAAUCACCAGCCUCAGAUGCUGGUUGCCGGGGCGACGAGUAUAGCGCGCAGGGCCAAUCGUAUCGUGCUGGUGGCGAAGCGGGAAGUGGAAAACUCCGAGGAGCCCAAAUUCAGAGAGGCGCUGCGUGAGGCGGCCAAUGAGCUCAGUGCCUCUAUAUCACCUAUGGUGAUGGGGGCCAAGGGUGUGGCCAACAACAUACAGGACCCGACUCUACAGAAAGGCUUUAUGGACUCGGGUUACAGGAUUUUGGCGUCAGUAGCUAAAGUGCGUGAAGCGUUUCAGCCUCAGGAGCCUGACUUCCCUCCUCCUCCUCCUCCAGACCUCCAGCAGCUCAGUAUUCACGAUGAGGGCGCCCCCCCGAAGCCCCCCCUGCCUGAGGGUGAAGUCCCGCCCCCACGGCCUCCGCCUCCCGAGGAGAAAGAUGAGGAGUUCCCGGAGCAGAGGGCCGGAGAGAUGGUCAGCGAGCCCAUGAUGGUGGCGGCGCGGCAGUUGCACGAGGAGGCCCGCAAGUGGUCUAGCAAGGGUAAUGACAUCAUCGGCGCGGCGAAGCGCAUGGCCCUGCUGAUGGCGGAAAUGUCUCGGCUGGUGCGAGGGGGCAGCGGAAACAAGCGCGCUCUCAUCCAGUGUGCUAAAGACAUCGCCAAGGCUUCGGACGAGGUGACGCUGCUCGCUAAGGAGGUGGCUAAGCAGUGCACGGAUAAACGCAUCCGAACCAACCUGCUGCAGGUGUGUGAGCGUAUCCCCACCAUCAGCACUCAGCUGAAGAUUCUCUCCACGGUGAAGGCCACCAUGUUGGGACGUACCAACAUCAGCGAGGAGGAGUCCGAGCAGGCGACGGAGAUGUUGGUCCACAACGCUCAGAAUCUGAUGCAGUCGGUGAAGGAGACGGUACGCGAGGCCGAGGCGGCGUCCAUCAAGAUCCGCACGGAUGCCGGCUUCACGCUGCACUGGGUCCGCAAGACCCCCUGGUACCAGUGAAGAGGGGGAAACACACACACACACACACACACACACACACACACACACACAGUCCCCCUCAGGUCCAAACCCAUCUGAUGAGCGACGGUUCCACUUUCACUUCCUUUUUUCUAUCAUUUAUAAUAAAAUCGCAGUUUUUUUCAGUGAGAGAUCUCGACUGAAUGUUUUUAUAUUUAAAUCCUUUAACGCUGUUGUUUUAUGAUUUUUUUUUUUUCUUCUUCAUUCUCUGAAUUAUGGACCCGCUGUUGAACUUUCUAAUGUGUCUGAAUGUUGUGAAGAUCAUCAGACUGUUUUAUUUCGUGCCAAAAUAUAUAUUUUGUACACCGAUAUACACCGUAAACGUCCACAACAGCGUUACCGCGACGAUCUGAUCAUGUUUUCGUGCGAUAUUAAAUCAGUAUUCAGUUUAAAAAGCACUACAUUUUAUCAGGAGCUUGUCAGAGCCUCGUAAUAUUGAAUUAAAGUUGCAGUUUGUAAUCUUUAAACAUUUAUUCACAGUAAAAUAAUUACAUUUGAAUUAUUAAAGAUACACAGAGAGAAUUUAAUUUUUUUUUUUUUCUUCCAUGCCGUGAAUCUCUCUAGGUUUUCUUCAUUUCAAGUUUCUGUUUACAUUUUUUUUUCUGGCCCUGAAAUUAGCCUCGCCCCCUGCUGGAACUAAGCUGCUCAGCUCCGCUCACUUUUCCUUGAAACGUUACAAAUACUGCACUUUUAAACGCCUCAUUAAAGGACUCUGCGUGUUGUUUUUUCGAUUCACGACGCCACUGCGAAAUCGUCGGAAAUGCGACAUGGGAGAAAAAUAUCUUCAGAAAGAAUCGAGCAACAAUAUUAUCCCUCGUUUAUAUCGUAGAUAUUGCAGUAUAUUGUUUUAUUGGUUUUCAGGACGUUACCUAGUUAUAUAAUAUACUGCAGACAAAAAACACACAAUAUCCCGAAUAUUCGUAUAAUAAGAGUCAUAAUAAGAUUGUUUUUAAUGUCUGUGUCCCAAACCGCAUACUACUCAUUUACUGUAACUAUGGUAACCGUAGUACGCGUGCAUGCGCGCGCUCAGUUACGAUACCAUCCGGUAGUUUAUUCUGUGGUAUUCGGGAUGCAGCCGAAUUGUUUAUUUUAUUUUUUUUAGAUAGAUAAUUAAAAGUAUUCAAUAUAUUACAGCUUUUACAUUUUCACAUCACUGUAAUGAUUUCGUACAGCUGAUGAUCGGCACGUGCCUGAGGUUAGUUUCACGCUGAUUUACAGGAUUAUGGGAACAGAGCCAUGGGGAUUUUAUCUCCUGCGCAAAAGUGGCAUUUUAUUAGUUUUAUUUAGAUUUUUUUUUUUUUUUUUUUUUAAAUUUGAGGUAUUUGAGUAUUUUUUAAAAACUAAACUGCAUUAAUAAUAUCUCUAAUACACCUUUGACUUGGUGCUUUUAAUAGUGUAUUUAACACACACACACACACACACACACACACACACACACACACACACACACGCUGUUGCUCCACCUACACACUCACUGAGCUGAACACACUAACGAACACAGUCGAGUGUAUGAGUGUUUAUUAAGAGUCUAUGCAUCUCUCCUUUAUGGUGAUGUUUGUUUUUCCUGUGUUGUUGUUUUUUAUGAUUAUGAGUGAAUGUAAAUAAGAUCAGUGUGUGAUGUAACACUCGCUCACGUGCCUUAUAUUAAACCAACACACCACUUCUCAACACCUACAA